AUGAAGGUGAUCAAACACUGCGCAAGCCGCUUUCCCACCGUCGCAACAGGCUCUCUCGUUGGUAUGGACAACAACGAAGGCACCCUCGAGGUGACCAACACAUUUCCCUUCCCUGUCGUUGACCUGCCACCCGAGGCGCAAUUCGACAACCAACCGCAACACUUCAACGCCGCCGCCUCGGCCCCUCGCGCAAAGGCCAACACCGCCUACCAAGCAGAGAUGAUUCGUAUGCUUCGUGAGGUUAAUGUCGACGCAAAUAAUGUGGGGUGGUACACGAGCGCAAACCUGGGCAAUUUUGUCAACGCGAAUUUCAUUGAGAAUCAGUACCACUAUCAAAAGGAAUUGAAUGAGAAGACUGUGGCGCUGGUGCAUGAUGUCAGUCGCAGCUCUCAAGGAAUCCUGAGCAUUCGUGCAUUCAGACUAUCCCCGCAAUUCAUGACGGCGUACAAGGAGAACAAAUUCACGACUGACAAUCUCCUCAAAUCCGGUCUUAAGUACUCCGAAAUCCUCGUCGAGGUCCCCGUGGCUGUCCACAACUCCCACCUCGUCACAACAUUCCUCCACCAAGUUCCCCGCAUGCUGACCUCCGGCGUCAUGAAACCUCCCAGCUCAGUCGACGAGAUUGAGAACAACCCUAUCGUCAAGAACGACACCCUCGCACCAUCCUUUGAAUCAUUAUCAAUCUCUAUUGACCCGUACCUCUCUCAAACCUGCGACAACCUUCUCGAUAGCAUCGAGACCCACCACGUCGAAGCCAACAACUUCUCGUACUAUUCCCGCGCUCUAGCCCGCGAGCAGGCUAAGAUCCAGCAGUGGCAGCAGAAACGUAAGGCCGAGAAUGCGGCGAGAGCAUUGUCGAAGCAGCCACCGUUGCCAGAGGACGAGUGGCAGAAGUUGUUCAAGUUGCCUACAGAGCCGAGUCGUUUGGAGAGCAUGUUGAAUAGUCGCCAGGUUGAGCAAUAUGCCAGACAGGUCGAUGGGUUUGUCGCCGGCACCACGGGAAAGAUGUUUGCUGUCAGAGGGAAUCUCUUGCCUGGCGAAGGAACGGAGAACAGCUCACCGCGAAAUGAGUGA